CAGAGGUAAUGGCGGCACCCAUGUGAUUGUUCUUUUUUAAACAACCUUUGCACUUUCUCGCUUUUAUUUAGAGAUUCUGGGAGCUGUUUCUAUCUUGAAAAUGCCAAACAAUGUAGAAAAGAUUCUUGUGUGUGGAGAUGUUGUUGGAAAUUUCAACCAGCUUUUUAAACGUGUUUCAAAUGUGAAUCAAAAGAACGGUCCAUUUUCCAUGCUGCUGUGUGUGGGAGACUUCUUUGGACCUGACAAUUCACAGUGGAUUCAGUACAAAAAUGGUGAUGUGAAAGUUCCUCUGCCGACUUACGUCUUGGGACCUAGCCAUUUAGGGCACCACAGCAAUUAUCCCGACAUGAAGGGCUGCGAGCUUUGUGAAAAUGUUAUAUACCUGGGCCCAAGUGGUAUCUAUCCUUGCACCAGUGGUUUGAGGAUAAUGUACCUGAGUGGGACGCAGGCCAGCACAAAUAAGAAAAGUCCUGGUACAUUCAUCUUUGAUGAUAUCGCUUCACUUGAGACUCAAGCUACUAGUAAACCAGCUAUAGACAUACUCAUCUCUAGUCAGUGGCCAAGUGCUAUCUGUAACUUUGCUAAGAAAUGUGAAGGCUGUGAUCCUGAGGUUACAGGAUCAACCAUGAUAUCAAGAUUGGCAUUCAAAGUGCGACCUCGAUACCAUUUUUCUGGAGUUGAAGGCGUAUAUUAUGAGCGAUUACCAUAUAGGAACCACAUAGUUUUGCAAGAAAAAACACGCCAUGUCAGUCGCUUCAUAGGAUUAGCAAAAGUGGGAAAUCCUGAGAAGCAUAAAUGGCUUUAUGCCUUCAAUAUCACUCCCAUGGUUCACUGCGAUCAAGCAGAGCUCACAAAACAGCCUCCAGAUGUCACUGAGUGUCCCUAUUCAGAUGGUAAUAUUGCUCAACAACCAAGACAGACAGCGGCACAAAGCACUGCAGCACAGUUCUUCUAUGAUAUGAACCCCAAACCAUACGAUGAUGGCAAAGGCAAGAGGAGAAGGGGAGAAGGAGACGAGAAUGGACAAAAAAAACGGAUGCCUCCUAAACCGACUGGUCCAUGCUGGUUCUGCCUGGCCAGUCCAGAAGUAGAGAAGCACUUGGUGGUGAGUGUGGGGGAUCAUGUGUACCUGGCUCUAGCAAAGGGUGGCCUUGUACCUCAGCAUUUGCUCAUCUUGCCCAUAACCCACUUCCAGAGUACUCCAGACCUGGAUGAUGACAGCAGAGAAGAAGUUGAGAAGUUCAAAAAGGCACUGAAAAGAAUGUUUAAAAAGAAAGGCAAAGAUGUUGUUUUCUUUGAGAGGAAUUACCGCACUCAGCAUUUACAAGUUCAAGUUGUUCCAAUACCUGCCGAAGCUGCCUCUCAAGUCAGAGAGAUAUUCAUGGAUGUGGCAGAGGAUAAUGGCAUCGAGUUGGAUGAAAUUCCAAAGUUAUCAGAUAUUGCACAAGUAGCACCGGCAGGAACACCAUUCUUUUAUGCUGAACUUCCCACUGGUGAAAAGCUCUAUCACAGAAUUAGGAAAAGCUUUCCACUUCAGUUUGGAAGAGAGGUGUUAGCAAGUCCCCCAAUACUAAAUGUUCCAGAGCUAGUUGACUGGCGUGAAUGCAAGAGUUCCAAAGAAGAGGAAACAAAGCUUCGCAACAAAAUCCGGGAUGCAUUUGAACCAUUUGACUUUACCUUAGAGGAUGAAGAUGAAUAAUUGAUGAUGUCUUUUUUUUUCAACUGUUCUGUUACUGACUGAAUGAUCCUAAAGUUUUUAAUUAUUUUUAUAAAAAUGCUUAUUUGCUCAUAUUUGGUUACUUAUACCCCUUUAACAAUCCAUAGGAGGCUGCAUAGAGUAUUUUCCAAGCUUAAAAUCAUCAUAAUAAUCAUCAUCAUCAUCAUCAUAUGCAUCAUCUUCAUCCUCCUCAUAUUUAUUAUCUUCAUCAUCAUGCCUCUCCUUCAUCAUUAUCAUACUUAUCUACAUCAUCAUCCUCACCAUCUAAACAUUUUUCAACUGCUUUCCAGGGUCACCUUCAUAUUGCCCAUUUUGUUGGCUUGGUCUUUUCUUUUUCUCAUCUUGGGUGACACUGCUCGGUGAUCAGUUUAUUAGACAAAACCGCUAACCAUAAAUCAGCAUGAAAAUAUUUUUUUCGACAAAACUACUAACCAUAAAUCAACAUGAAAAUGAAGAUAUUGAUCAAUUUCAGUCACAUAUCAACAAAUUCCAGUUUAUAGUACUGUACUGUACUGAACUAUAGUAUGGAAAAAAAAACUUAAUUUGAGUGUAGGAAAUGUGUUCUUUUUCACACUCAUUUAUCCAUCUCAUUUCAAGACCAUGCCAUAACAUUAUGAAACUAUACACAAAUAUAGGGGGUGUAGGUAUAAAAAAAUAAAAUUAGUAAAAUAUUUAUAAAUGUUUUACUCAAAAAUUGAAGCAGAUGAAUUAGCUAAUAUUAUGAGAGCUUAACUAUUUAAUGUGUAAGAGAGAAAUAAAUAAGUGCAUCGUACUUGUGUUGGUGCUCAAGAUGAACAGGGAUGCCAUCUGGUUGGUGAAACACUACAGUAGAUAUAUAAUAGAUUGCAGAUUUCCCACUUUCUGUGCCACAGGUAAAUGUUAUUACCGAAUUUGAUUCGCUGAACAACAUGGUCUCGUGUCAAGGCAGACCUGCAAAACAGCUACUACCCAAGAUAAUAUAAUCAUAAGCAACAAACAAAAUUCUCCUGGAGAGGGGGUAGACAACCUGUGCUUCAUGUGGAUGUUGAGAGGCAAUAUUGCAUGAACAUACAGGCUAAGUUAUACUAAGUGUACUAUAUUAUACUGUAUACUAAGAGAUAUAGUGGGUUAGAUUAUCUAAAAUGUUCUGAUUUUGAGAAACAAUUGGCUCACCGACAUAAAUGAUCUAUUUAACAAGUAGAACACUGAUUCAGUGAACUUCCAUUCUGAAUUUGAGGGCAAACAGAAUUCCCUGGAGUAGAAGCACUAAGGGACAGCGAGAACAAACAAGUUUGUCUUCAAGAUACAUGAAGAUGUGCCAUCUCAUGAGACUGCAAAGGCUUAAGCUAUAGACUACAGUACUUGAUAAUUUAUAUUAGCAUGAAUGGUGCUUAUUAUGCUGAACUUAUUCAAAGAUUGUAAUUUUAUCCUGGAGAAGCAAUAAUACAAGCUCAGAUGUGGAGUUCUUCAUGCCAGCCAAUUUGCCAUGACUGCUAUGCAAGUGUGUGUUGAUACUGUAUUACUAUCUCACCUACUUUUUUCAUGAGAUCUAUCACCCAAUACAGGACACUCAUUUUGUCAUCUCAUCCAGUCACUAUCUGGCAAGCAAUUUGUUGAGGAUGUUGUAUCGACAACAACUUUAGAGAUAAUUUUAGGAACUGGAAUAUAAUUUUAAGAGAAAAGACAAAUUUAUAAAACUUAGAGACAUUAUAUUGAAUAAUGUUGUGUAUAUUGUAUCUGAACAUUAGCAUAUGGACCCUGGUGAGUGGUAAGAUACCCGUACUGCACUUCGCGAGCGAUUUGGCCUGGGUUUGUAUUAUGGCUGGGGAGGAUUGACUAGGCACCAAUCCUUAACUGUAUACCUUUGUUCACCCAGCAGUGAACGGGUACCUGGCUGUUAAACGAUUUGGCGGGUCGUAGUCCAGGGAAAAUUAAGAUGUCCAAAAUGCUAUGCAUGCUAGUGGCUGUACAAAGAAUGUAAGAACUCAUGUAUAUAAAAAUAAAAUAAUGUAUAAUCUACCUACCUCCAUUUCUCUCCCUAUCUUUCUCUCUUUCUCUUUCUUUCUUUUGCUCUUUUUAAUGACCCAACUAUACCGUUGUAACUGUUCAUGAUACAAUGAUGACCUUUUUUGUUGUUAAAUAGUGUCACAAAAUUUGGGUCUCUACAUCAGUGAUCAUGAUCACAGACGGGUCAGAUUUGUCUACACAUUAGGCAUGCAUACAUACAUACAUAUUCUACAUACUGCAUAGUUUUUUAAUUGGCUUGAGAGUUUUAAGUAUUUCUUCUGAUGGAUUGUGCCAAUUUUAUUAAGUAAUAGAUUAAUGCCAUAAGAUGUAUUUGUGAAACUUGUAUCUUUCAUUAAUAAUUUAAAAGUUUCAUAAGAAUAUUGGCUGGUUACACAAAAAUGUGAGGAAAAGCAGAGUCCACAUUUUAGUUAAGAAUUUAUGCACAGUAGUGUCAGGUGUAUUUAAAAAUAUGCAGAAAUUUACAAAGAAGUCUUCCUGUUGUGUGAUAAGAGGGUGGACCCCAACUUAGUAACUUUAUUUUGAUUUUGAAAAGUCUUUUCAUUUGUUAUGUGUACAGUAUAGAGACAAUUAGACACGUAUGUUUGAUAUGCCAGUCAUUUUAUAUGUUGUUUAAAAAUACUUUAAAAGUUUGAGUAUAAACAAUACUUGAGAUGGUUUUAAGCAGUGAAUGAUGAGAGCCAUAACUUAUAAAUGUAUAAUAAAAUUUACUGGAAAGCUGGAAGAGAUUAGAGUAUCAGUGUCAAAGUUAAAAUGUGGGAAAGCAGCAGGUAUGGAUUUUUUUAAUUCAGUAGCGAAAGAAUUAUAAUAAGUGUGGAUCUGUGAAGAAAGCCUGGUUAAACAGCUGUUGAUGAUAAGAGAAAAGUUAAUUUUAUGGAUCCAAAGUGAUCCAAAUCCAAAAAUAUACUGUAUUACUCAGUGACAUGGAGGUUGGUUCCCACUUAGGAUAGCUGCCAGAAUUUCAGGGUUUUAAGAUGCCUUGAGUGGAGUGAUGAUAAUUUGAACUACCUCAUCCCUUUGAGUGUAUUUAUAUCUAAAUAAACUUUUUUUUUUUUAUUUACAAAUUCACACUUUAUAAUUGGCAUUGCAUGCACCCAUGUAUUGCUGAACCAACAAAAAUUAUACCAUUUGAAGCUAAACAAAAUUAAUUCUAUAAUGUUCCCUUGUUAAGUAUGUGACUAUUUUAAUUGAUGAAAGAAAUUAAAAUACAGUACUAUGUUAAA